UUUCUGAUGGAGGAUAACUCCCAACAACUUGGAAUAAGAAGAACUACAAGAGACUUCCCACCAGCUCAUUUCUUAUUUAAAGUAGAAGGCUUCUCGUGGUUGGCCAAGACAGGCGUUGAGAAGUAUGAUUCUGAUGUUUUUGAAGCUUCUGGUCAAAAAUGGAGAUUAUCGUUAUAUCAAAAUGGAGACAGUAAAAGCAAUGGAAAUGGGUUCAUCUCCCUUUACUUGGUAAUUGAAGAAACAGAAAUUUUACCUAUCACUUGGGAAGUCAAUGUCAGCUUCAGGUUAUUUGUGCUUGACCAAAUCCGUGACAAGUACUUAACCAUCGAAGAUGACAAUGGGGCAGUGAAGAGGUUUCAUUGGAUGAAGACCGAAUGGGGGUUUGCUCAAUUGAUCUCCAUCGAGACAUUUAGUGAAACAGCUAACGGCUACCUCAUUGACGAUUGUUGCGUAUUCGGGGCUGAGGUGUUUGUAGUGGAACGGAAUUGUAGAUGGGAAAGCCUUUCCAUGGUUAAACAGCCUAACGAUAACACCAUCAUUUUCAAGAUGGAAAAGUUCUCCAAAUUAGACAGGAAGUAUUAUGAAUCUUCGGUUCACACCAUCGGGGACUUGAAAUGGAAAUUGAAGGUAUAUCCGAAGGGAAAUGUGAAGUUCAAGGGGAAAGAACUGUCUGUGUUCCUAGAGUUGGUUGAGGCUGAUAAGCUUCCUCCCAAGAGGAAAGUAUAUGCAGAGUACAAGCUACAAGUAAGGAACCAAAUCAACGAUAAUCACAUGCAAUUUUCAGUUGAACGUUGGUUCAGUGCAACAAGUGUAAAUUGGGGUUAUCCACAGUUCAUGCCGCUAAAGCUUCUUCACGAACCAUCCAAGAGUUGCAUCGUCUCUGAUACUUUGAUUGUUGAAGCAGAAAUUACCAUCGUCUCUAAAGUCAAGCGUUUCUCAUAA